AUGGCUGGAAUCAAGAAAAAGCUUGUGGAAAUUGAUAUAAUUGCAGACACUGUGUGUCCAUGGUGCUUUGUGGGCAAAAGAAACCUUGACAAAGCUCUAGUGGAAGGUAAUGAUCGAUACGAGUUUGAGCUCAGAUGGCAUCCAUUUCAAAUUGAUCCUGAAGUCCCUAAAGAAGGCAUUUACAAGAAAGAGUUUUAUGAUACAAAGAUGGGCGCUGAUGUAGCUGAAGUGUUUCAGACCCGUAUGGCGGAUGAUCAUGAUAAGCAGCAUGAUCUAGUGGAUGAGAUCUGUCUUGGAUAUUUCACAGAUGGGAGAUUCAUUGGGGACAGGGAUUAUCUUCUGAAAUGUGCUGAAAAGAUUGAAAUAGAAGGGGCAGCAGAGUUUCUUGAUGACCCCAACAAUGGGCUCACUGAGGUCAAGGAAGAGCUUAAGAAGUACUCAGAAGUAAAAGGAAUCCCAUAUUUUGUGAUUAAUGGAAAGGAAGAAUUUGCUGGUGCCCAACCAACUGAGGUCUUCCUAGCUGCUUUUGAAGCAGCUACAAAAUGA